AUGCUUCAUUCCUAUGAUGUUUCACAAGAUUUUGCUGCGAAAAUGGCUGUUCAACAGCCGCCGAGAAAUACUUUGCUUAGUGUUGGUGAGUUUUGGGGAGGGGGGCUAAUUCAGAAAAUUCAAAAAAAAAGUUUUAAAAAGUAGGGCGCAGUUGGGGUCGAACCCUGGUUUUGCAAACGACAGUUACGCGUGCUAACCACUCGGCCAUCCUGGUAUUUUUAAACUUGUCCAAAUUUUUAAAUUUAUAUGGGGCGGUCGAAUUUUCAAAUUUUCCAUUGAAAAACUUCACUGUUUCAAAAUUUGAAUAUUAUUUUCUGGUUUUUAAAAAAAAUUAAUAUCAUAAUACAUUUAUUAUAAUCAUUUUUGAAUCGAUUUUUCUUGAGUCAUUUUUUGUCCCAUAAAAAUCUAAAAAAAUAUGUUUUUCAUUUCGUUUUCGAAGAACACAUUACAUUAAAAGUGUAAAAAUUGUCCGCAUUUUUUCGAAUUUUCUAGAAUUCGAAAAUUUACGUGUGAUUUGUAAACAAAUUGGUCGAAAAACUUUUUGAGGACACUUUUGAGGUGAAAACAUAUCACAUGUUCCUUUAAACUCAACUCAACUCAAGAAUGAGAAAAAAGUGUCAAAUUUCAUAAGUCUUUUGUGAUGUGAGAGUGAGAGAGAGAGAAAAUGAAUUAUUUGUGGUGGCGAAUUUGAGGGUUCAAAACUAGAAUUGGGUUGGAAUACUUAGCCUAACUAGAGUAUCACAUAACUACAACCAUACGAUAUCAAAGUCAAAAAAUUUAAGAAAAUUUUGAAACAGUAAAAAAAAUAUAGUUAAAAAUAUACAAUAUAUUUUAUCACAAUUUUUCUGAGGGGAUAUCAAAUUGAAAAAAACCCUGAAAAAUUCAUGAAAAUUUUGAAACAGUGAAAUUUUUUACAAAAGAACGGAAUUGUUAAUAUCAGAAAAAAACAUCAAAAAAUUUUGAAACAGUGAAAAAUAUUGAAUGGGAUGAAUUUCAAAAAUUUUUAUCACAACUUAUCAGAAGGAAUAUCAACUCCAAAACGAUGCUCAAAAAUUCAUGAAAAUUUUGAAACAGUGAAAUUUUGCAAAAAAAAUUUUCAACAUUUUUUAGAAAUUGAUUAUUAGAAAGGUAGAAAAAACAUAUUGCGACUGUGAAUUUUUUCGAAAUCCCAUUUUUCGAAAUAUUUUGAAACGUAUUAUUUGGAGAUUUCAGAAAUGAUUUGAAAUUCUGAAACUCGACUAAUUAGUUAAUCAAUUUUUUCAUAGAAUUUCAAAAGCGUAUAAUUUAUUAUAGUUUCUCUGAAGCUUCUUCCAAUUGAUCACUUUUUUUCAAAAAAAAAAAGUUCGCAGACUAAAUUCCCAUCAUCUUUGUUUAUCAGUUCAAACACCAGAAAGUUACAACUUUUUCACUUUAAUCUUCUCUUCUCUACCAACAUCAAAUACGUGUAUUCUUCCAACAUCAAAAAUCUGAUCAGCUCAUUAAAAGUUCAUCACACACUAUUUAUAUGAACAAAGAUACAGUAGUAUCAAUGUUUGAUGAUAUCAAAAAUACAAGAAAAAUCCCAACUCCCACUAUAAAUAAACACUUUUGUGCUCCUUUCCUUUUCCUUCGUUUUUCAUUAUUUGCUGAUCGGCUCUCUCGGAUGCUCCUCUUGUUAAGAUGUCGUGUAAUGUGCGCCUUUCUUGAGACACAGAAACGAAAGUGUUUACAUUUUAUUUUAAUGAUAUAAAAAUUUUGUGUGCCUCAAACAAGAAAAUAAAAAGGAGAGGAGGGGAAGUUUUAAUUGGCAAUUAGUGAGAGGGAAAUUUUUCAGAAAAAUUCUGAGAUUUGAAAAAUAAUGUUUUUGAAACAGUUUAAUUAAGACAUUUUGUUGAUUUUUUAGCGCCAAAAAUCCACGUGGCAACCAUAAAACUUUGAAAAUUUUUAAUUCGGAAUUAGUGAGAAAAAAUAAUUUUUGGAAUUUUUUUUGAUGAAUGUCAAAUUCAAACCACAGAUUGGAGAAUAAUUGGGAUAUUUUUGAAACAUUGAAUUUUUGAAAAAUAAAAUAAAUUUUCCUGAAAUUAAAUUUUUUUCAAAUUUUUGAGAUUCAACUUUUUCCCCAAAGUUAUUAAAUUUUAGAUUUCUAAAAUUUUUGAUAAGCCUACAAGCCUUAAAUGUUAGCCCAAGUUUUUUCUGAAAUUUUGCCACAUGGCAUCAAAAGCAACCGAAUUUUUUCUUUGCUGAAAAUUUCCGAAUUACUGUAGAUUUUUUGGCGAUAAAAAUCCACGUGGAAAUGAAAAAUUUAAAAGACCUUGUGGAUGAAAAUAUUAAACAUUGGAAAAUAAUUUAAUUUAGGGUUUAGAAUUUUCACUGUUUCAAAAAAUUAUUAAAGAAUUUUUCAAUUUACGAUUUUUUUUGAUAAUAGAUCUGAACCUUUACAUUUAAAAAAAUUAAACAUUUGAUUUCACGGUUCAAAAAUUUUACUGUUUCAAAAAAUCAUUAAAAAUUCUUAUUUUUGCAGAUCAACAACUCCAAUUAAUGAACACAAUAAAUAAUAUGGUUCGUGCCAGUCAAUUCACUUCUCAAUUAGCCAAUACAAUUUUCACACUUUGUGCUCAACUCAAAACAUCUGGUCAAAUGUUGGAACAAUCGCAUAAAAACGAGUUGAACAAGGUGUUCACCUCAUUGCGACAAGCUUGUUGUCGAGAUAAUGGCCAACUUGGAACACCGUGUCGAUUGAAAAUCAUGGAACUCGUCGAACUUCGCGCGAUGAAUUGGAGAACUAAUUUGGCGCAUAGCCAAUAUUAUGUGAAUCGUCCCGAAGGUCAACAUGAUCCUGCACCAUCUUUGGGAAUUGCUCCUCCGAUUUCAUCGCAGAAUUCGAAUCAGAAUAGUUCUUCACAACAAAAUCAAUCUGUUCAAUCGCCAGUUCCUUCUGCUGUCACUCCGCCACAAAUGCAAUUUGUUCCGCCGAAUCCGAUGAUGAUGAUGCAGGAUCCGGCAGCGAUGGGUGCUCGUGAGUUUGCUUUUUUUUUUUGAAUUUUGAACUGUUAGUGUACUUCGAGUUUCGCAAACUUGUGUGGUUUUUUCCGAAGCAAAGAGAAUGGAAAUAUUGAAAAAAAUUACAAGAAAAAAAUUUAAUAGAAAUUUUGAAACAGUGAAAAAUUUCGAAAAUUAAAUUUGAGAUUUUUUCGAAAGAAUUUUCUUAAAAAUUAGCAAAAACGUUUUAUGUGUAUUUUUAUCAGAAAGAAAGGUGAGGAAUUGAAAAAAAUAAUUAGGAAAACUUUUGGAGAAAUUUUUGAAACAGUGAAAAAUUCUUUUUUAAAAACUUGUUAUUGGAAAACUCAAAAACGUGUAUUUGAUAUGACUUGGCAAUUUUAAAGCUGAAUUUAGGAAAACUUUUUUUGACAAUUCAAAAAUCAGAAAUCUUUGAAACAGUGAAAAAUUGUUUUAUGCAAAUAAUGUUAUGUUUAUUUCUUCCUGUUAUUGACAGAAUGGAAUUGAAAAAAAAAUAAUAGUGAAAACUUUUAAAAAAUUUUUGAAACAGUGAAAAAUUCAAAAAAAAAAAUAUUUUUUUUUGGAAAAAUUCAAAACGAUUAUCUGAUGACGUGGCAAUUUAAAAAAUAAAAUUUGCGAUUUUUUAAUUAAUAAAUAUUUGAAGCAUUAAAAUAUUUUUCGAAAAAUUAGAAUAGAAGUUUAAUGUGUAUUUCUCCAACAAAGACAGGUGAAGAAUUGAAAAAAAAAAUAAUAAGAAAAACUUUUAAAAAAUUUUUGAAACAGUGAAAAAUUCAAAAAAAAAAUAAUUUUUUUUUGAAAAAUUCAAAACUAUGUAUUUGAUGACGUGGCAAUUUGGAAACUGAAAUUUGUGAUUUUUUUCAAAAAUUGAAAAUUUCAAUUUUCUUGCCUGACAAAAGAUAGAUAUAAAAUUGAAUGGAUUCAAUGAUUAAACAAUAAAAAAAAUUAAUAAAAUUUCUUUUACAAUUUUUUGAAACAGUGAAAAUUCUGAAUAUUGUUCCGCAAAGAUCAGAUUUUUUAUUGUUUUUCAAAAAAUUUCUGGAUGUUUCAAAAAAGUUAACUAAAAAUAUGAGAUUCCCAAAAACCACAAAACCUAUUCCAGCAAACCCGGGAAUCUUCUUCAUCCCAGCCGCCAGCACAUGGAUGAAUCCAAUGAUGCCAAUGCCACCAAACCCCUUCAUGCCUCAACCAAUGCUUCCACCCGAUCAAAUUUUCAUGCGUCAACGAAGUUUGAAGAAGCCCAACAACCUCGCCAAUAAAACCCUUCAACUUCGACACGAAAUGAUCAUCAGAAAUUCGGAUUCGGGAAAGAUAAUGGGUGUUAAAGGAAGACGUGUUGCGGCUGUCGAGCAAUUGACAAAUACUGUCAUCUCUUUUCAAAAAGUUGAUGCGAAAAGUAAAGAGCGAACACUUACGAUAACUGCCUCAACUAUGGAAGAUAUCGAAAGAGCUAAAGAUAUGAUUAUUGAUACAAUUCGCAGGAAUAUGAGUCCAAUUCGAGGAGGAGAUGCUUUUGCUCAAUUUGCUCCACAACAAAAUUAUCAACCACCGCCCGUAGCUCAACAAAAUACCACGCAAGAAUUAGAAGAAGAUGAGGAGGAAGAUCAAGAAGAAGAUAUAAAACUCGAACAAACUGCCGAUGGAAAACUCACAUUCAUGUGCGAUGAUCCGGAACUAAUGGCAGCCGCACAGGAAGCGCUCUCAGCAUAUCUACGAGUUCGACAAAGACCAUCAGCUGAGGAUCGAGAGAAGAAGACGGAGCGAAGAAAGAGUAUGCCACUUCAACAAUCUAAUCAAUAUCAUCAUCAUCCACAAGAACCGGUGCUGAACUUAAAACCGUCAAAAACAUUUCACGGUUCGACGCCGAAUUUGGCGGAUGGAGUGGCGGCGACAACGACUGUUGUGAUGACGGAAAUACCAUCGAGACCACAACAGAAUAUGGUGGUUGGGCAGAAUAUUGCCCCACAAAAAGAUGUGAGUUCUUUUUUUGUUUUGUUUUGGAGGAGGAGAAGGUUGUAAAAUUUUAUGGGAAAUUAAAAUGACCAGUUGUAAAUUUUGAGAGAAAUGUUCAAUUUUCACAGUUUUUUGGGCUAGAAAAAUUCACUGUUGCAAACUUUGUAAAUUCCACGUGGCAUAGAUUUUUAUCGGAAAUUUCAAAAAUUCAAUUUUUGGAGCAGAAAAUCCACGUGGCAUAGAUUUUUUUUCGGAAAUUUCAAAAAUUCAAUUUUUGGAGCAGAAAAUCCACGUGGCUAAUUUUUCUGUCUGAAAAGUUCGAAAUUUGAAAGUAAGAAGAAUCCACGUGGCAUGGAUUUUCGAAAAACUUCAAAAAAUUUGAAUCAUGGCUCCAAAAAUCCACGUGGUAAAUUUUCCUGUCUGGAAACUUUGAAAUUUGAAAAUAAUUUUUUUUUGCUCAAAAUUCAGAUGGCAGCUUGGAAAUUUACAGUAAUCCUGAGAGUUUACAGAAUAAAAAUUUGAAUUCCAGAAGUUCUUUUUUUUUUGCUAAAAAUUCAGCUUUGAAAUCUACAUUUUGAAAAUUUGAAUUUUGAAAGUUCUGCACUUUUAUUUCGAAAUUGCGUUGUGAAUUCUAAAAAUUCCCAAAAAUUCACUGUUUCAAAAAGCAUUGAGAAUUCUUGAAAAAUUUUUAGACUUAAAAAUUCCAGAAUUUUUAAAUUUCAAGAAAAACUAAGGUUCCUAAGCUCAGUAGUUUUCAAAUAGGAUCCAAAGUCCAGCUUCAACUCAACCUCUAGAAUUCUUGAGAAGAAAUUUGAGCUAGACUUUCCCUAACUCACAAAUUUUCAGGUGAUUCGCUAUGAUCGUGAUUAUUUGGUAGCAUAUCGCGCCUCAAAUCCAGCACCAAUGCCAGUUGUAAUGAGAACCGAAAUCAACAAAGUGGCACCUGAUAUUUUAUCCUAA